GAAGCGUUAGUGCAGCUGUGGGGAUCCGGUGAUUCGCUCGGCCGAGAGCAGCAGCGGAUUGCCGUGAAGCCAAAGAGGAGCGCGGGGCGAAUCGUCGAGCAGCAUCGGCAGCAACCCACUUGUGAAGAGGGCACUCGGGCCUCAUUUUUCCAGCUGGGAUCUGUUCGCCGAAGCGUGUUGGGCAGGCUAAUUCUUCUCUCUUCCAGCGAGCAGAUUGCAACCAGGGCCUGACUAGCACCACCAGCAGCUCGUAGCGAUGGCGACCACCGUGGCAUGCAGGGCCGUUGCAGGAGCCGUUUUCGCUCCUGCCCAGGAGCAGCGGUUGAUGGGAGGAAACGCCCUGCGCGUUUCUUUCGCGCCCAUUGGAACCUCCAAUGCCCGCAGCAGCAUCGUCGUGAGAGCCUCCUCCGACAAGCCCGUCAAGGCUAACAGGCAGCUCAUCUUCGCUUCCGAGCAGAGCCUGUCCUACCUCGAUGGCUCCCUGCCCGGAGACUACGGAUUCGAUCCCCUUGGUCUGUCAGACCCACAGGGCGCUGGAGGAUUCAUUGACCCUAACUGGUUGAGAUACGCCGAGAUCAUCAACGGGCGAUUUGCCAUGCUCGGAGCUGCCGGAGCCAUCGCCCCAGAAAUCUUCGGAAAGAUUGGUCUGAUCCCCCAAGAGACCGCCAUCCCAUGGUUCCAAACAGGAGUUAUCCCACCUCUCGGACAAUACAGCUACUGGGCUGACCCCUACACACUGUUCGUUCUCGAGAUGGCGCUGAUGGGAUUCGCCGAGCACAGACGUGCACAAGAUUACUACAAACCCGGAUCCAUGGGCAAGCAAUACUUCUUGGGUUUCGAGAAGGUGUUGGGAGGAUCAGGUGACCCAGCGUACCCCGGAGGUCCUCUGUUCAACUUCUUGGGCUUCGGAAGGGACGAGAAGUCGAUGAAGGACCUGAAAGUGAAGGAAGUGAAGAACGGACGCCUGGCCAUGCUCGCAGUCCUCGGAUACUUCAUCCAAGCGAUCUUCACCGGUGUCGGCCCAUUCCAGAACUUGUUGGACCACUUGUCAGACCCCGCCAACAACAAUGUCCUCACCAACCUGAAAAUUCACUAGAAAGUGUUCAUAUUGAUGUUUCGCCGAUCUAAUUUAGGAGGCUUAUGUUGCCGUCACCACUUUGUAUCAUGACCGACUUAUCAUGUCACUCCUCUCCGUGUUGUAAAGAUUUGCUGUACGACCACCCCUCUCCGUGCUGGCUGAGCAACAUUUAGCACAUCUUUGUAUUCGAUGACUUAACGUAUCGGUUUCUUUCCAGACGACGGGCUUGAACAGCUUACUGUCCAUUGUUCUGGCAUGCCUCCGAUUUUAGGAUUUAUAAAGCCGCACUCUGCCGAGUUUUCAGUGGAACCAUUACGUUG